UAAAGAAGCUCCCCCGCCCCCUCGCCGCCGCCGCCGCCGCCGCCAGCGCUGCCGCUGCUGCUGCACUCACGGCGGUUGCCCGCGCCUCAGAGUUACCAAUUUAUUCUUGAGACUCCUCUACUCUCGUCAUCUGACGUCAUGGUUGAACUUCAGGAUAUUCAGCUCACAGAGAUCAAACCACUUCUAAAUGAUAAGAAUGGUACACGAAACUUCCAGGACUUUGACUGUCAGGAACAUGACAUAGAAACAACUCAUGGUGUGGUCCACAUCACUAUAAGAGGCUUACCCAAAGGAAACAGACCAGUUAUACUAACGUAUCAUGACAUUGGCCUCAACCAUAAAUCCUGUUUCAAUGCAUUAUUUAACUUUGAGGAUAUGCACGAGAUCACCCAGCACUUUGCUGUCUGUCAUGUGGAUGCUCCAGGCCAGCAGGAAGGUGCACCCUCUUUCCCAAAAAGGUAUCAGUACCCCACAAUGGAUGAGCUGGCCGAAAUGCUGCCUCCUGUUCUUACCCACCUAAGCCUGAAAAGCAUCAUUGGAAUUGGAGUUGGAGCUGGAGCUUACAUCCUCAGCAGAUUUGCACUCAACCAUCCAGAGCUUGUGGAAGGCCUUGUGCUCAUUAAUGUUGACCCUUGCGCAAAAGGCUGGAUUGACUGGGCAGCUUCCAAACUCUCUGGCCUGACAACCAAUGUUGUGGACAUUAUUUUGGCUCAUCACUUUGGGCCGGAAGAGUUACGGGCCAACCUGGACCUGAUCCAAACCUACAGAAUGCAUAUUGCCCAAGACAUCAACCAAGACAACCUGCAGCUCUUCUUGAAUUCCUACAAUGGACGCAGAGACCUGGGGAUUGAAAGACCCAGACUGGGCCAAAAUGAUUACAAAUCAAAAACACUAAAGUUUUCUACUUUACUGGUGGUAGGGGACAAUUCGCCUGCAGUUGAGGCUGUGGUCGAAUGCAAGCGCCUGAACCCUGUAAAUACAACUUUGCUAAAGAUGGCAGACUGCGGGGGACUGCCCCAGGUAGUUCAGCCUGGGAAGCUCACCGAGGCCUUCAAGUACUUUUUGCAGGGAAUGGGCUACAUACCAUCUGCCAUCAUGACUCGGCUCGCCCGAUCACGAACCCACUCAACCUCGAGUAGCCUCGGCUCUAGAGAAAGUCCCUUCAGCCGGUCUGUCACCAGCAAUCAGUCAGAUGGAGCUCAAGAAUCCUGUGAGUCCCCUGAUGUCCUGGACAGACACUAGACCAUGGAGGUGUCCUGCCAAGCAGAUGCUCCUCCCCUGGACCAUUGCAAGUCCAUCUUUCUUCAAAUGACCACUCCAUAAUAAAACAUUUCAUCCAUGUAAAAAAAAAAAAAGAAGUCUAAAGAAAACCUUCAUUGACUCAGGGGACAUAAUACAAAUUAUGGUGACCUGCAUAUAAAACCUGGCACCAAAUUUGGCCUUUGGGAACAUUUAUGUAUAAAAAUAUGCAUUAAAAUCCGCACCAGGGCACAGUGCAGAACUGACAGCCCCGACAGGAGUGACCACAAAGGCAUAUGUGGUAGGUGGACACAAGGAGUCCUUGGUCCUCCCAGCCUCAGGGUGAGCCCUGAAUGAGAAUGGCCUACUCCAAAGAGAGGUCAGAAGGCAGAACCCCUGUGAGCACCAAAAUGCCACAAGCCUGGUGUGAAACAAAAACGGUGCUGGGAAGGACAGGGGAGAAGGUCGUCUUUCUUCCCCUUGUCUCUGGGCUCUGCCCACUAUUAGAAGAUUCUGGCUCUCUGCUAGACAAACCAUCUUUGAUUUACCUUUAGAGGAACUUUUGCAAUUUUCAAACAUGUUUUUUUUCCCAAGUAAACCAAUCAAUUUGAACUCAAGGUUCCAUAUCAUAAUUAGCUUGAUCUGAAAGAUUAAGAACUAGUUCUUACAUCAUUUUCUGUAGAAUGGCUAAAAUCACAACAGAAAACAAUGAUGACCGCUUCCAAUCUAUUUUAGUCCUGGAUCAAAUGCAACUGAGCAAUUCUGGCCCAGAAAUUACACUUCACAGACAAUGCAAUGAAACGCAGUCAGGAUAAAUGCUGGAAUUGCCCCAUUCUGAGUGUGACCUCACUGAAGCCCUCAACUAUCCACAAAGCCCCGGGGAGAGGCAGGGUCAAUACUGCACAUCUGUCUUCAAGAAUGAAGACACAGCCCCUUCACUGGCGGGGCUGAUCACUCUGGCUGAACAGAGCUCAAGACUGUUUGUCCACUGGCUAUUCAUUCACUGGGUCCCUGCUCUGCCCAUCCUGUGGCUCUGUGGAAAGUGGCAGCUGUCCCUGACUCGCUGCUAAGCUGUUGCUCAAACAGUCUGGCUCCACAGAUGGGAAACACACAAAUGGGAACACCAUAGAGGUGGAGAGGUGGAGGGUGGGCAUGGGGAGCAUCAGAAGAUGCAAUUGGGAGGAAAAGCCCUGUGGGCUUUGAGUAUCCCACAAGAAUGGCAGUGCCUCUACCGUUUCAGGGCUCCUGAGAGUUACUGAAAGGGCUGGGAGUCCUUGACAUCACUCUAGUAGAUUCAACAAAGGGAAAACAGCCACCCUACUGAUUUCUAUCCAAAGGCAGUGAUUUUCUCAGUUGCCUCCAGGGUGGUUUUUUUUUCCCCUCCCAGUCCUUGGCAUGUCUUGCUGCAGGGUAAUCUGACACUUUUCCUCAACUGUGGCAAUAAGUGAAAGGAGAGAGGAACAAAAGCAUCUGAAUCA